AUGUCGUUAGAAAAGAAAGAAAGCGUUCCACAGGAAGACAGAAAUCCUCCACCUCCCCUCAUAACCAGCGAUACAAAGGCCAAGGAGCAGGACCUCAAGCCUAUCCAAAGCGACCAUGUCUACCCCUCUGGUCUUAAGCUCGCACUAUUGAUGAUCUCCAUCUUCGUUGGCAUGUUUCUCGUGUCCUUGGAUAAACUCAUCAUCUCAACCGCCAUACCCCAGAUCACCAACGAAUUCCACGCAGCGAAUGAUAUAGGCUGGUAUGGGACGGCUUAUCUGCUCGCCAACUGCGCGUGUCUGCUAGUGUUUGGAAAAAUAUAUACCAUCUUCAACAUCAAAGCCACCUUUCUGACAGCUGUCGUACUCUUUGAAGUGGGCUCAGCUAUCUGCGGUGCGGCACCGAACUCAAUCGCUUUCAUUAUCGGUAGGGCCAUUGCCGGUCUGGGAGCUGGAGGUGUUCAGUCUGGCAUUAUCGUCAUUAUUGUCUUCGCUGUUCCGCUCCAUAAGCGGCCUCAGUACCAAGGGUUCUUUGGGGCCAUAUUUGGAAUUGCUUCAGUGCUCGGACCGCUGGUAGGUGGUGCUUUCACUACAAGCGUGACUUGGAGAUGGUGCUUCUACAUCAAUCUUCCCCUAGGAGGCGUGGUUAUAGUGUUCGUCUUCUUCCUCCUACACAUCCCCGACCGCCCAGAAACCAAGAUUCCUUUCAAAGACAAGCUACGGCAACUGAACGCUCUGGGCUUGCUUGCCCUUGUACCCGGAGUCGUCUGUCUCUGCCUAGCCUUACAAUGGGGUGGCACCAUGUAUACAUGGAGAAAUGGACGCAUCAUCGCAUUACUUGUGCUCUCUUUUGUACUUCUGAUUGCCUUCGUCUUGAUCCAGUGCUGGAAGCCGGAUCAAGCAACUGUGCCGCCGCGUAUUUUCAUGCAGCGCAGCAUUGCUAGUGGCUUCUGGGUGAGCUGUUGUGCUGGGGCGCAUCAGACGCUCUUUAUUUACUACCUUCCCGUAUGGUUCCAAGCCAUCGAUGGCAACUCCGCCGUGCAAAGCGGCAUCCAUAUUCUACCCAUGGUGCUCGCCCUCGUCUUUGCGUCCAUUCUCACCGGCAUACUAACCUCCCGCAUUGGUUAUUACGUGCCCUUCUUGAUCUUCGGCAUCUGUAUCACAUCAGUUGGUGCAGGUCUGCUCACCACACUUGGCAUCCACACGGCGGUGGGCCAAUGGGUCGGUUACCAGAUCCUGUACGGCUACGGGGUGGGUUCGUCUAGCCAGGCUCCCAAUAUGGCUGCCCAGACAGUUUUACCACGUAACGAAGUGUCUACCGGUAUUUCAGUUAUUCUUUUCGCCCAGACGCUCUUCGGUGCCAUCUUCGUUUCGGUCGGACAGAACGUCCUAGACAAUCAGCUGGCUAAACGACUCGCUGGUAUCUCUAGCAUCACACCCAAACAACUUCAGACCGCUGGAGUCACAGGGCUUUUCGAUAUCAUCUCGCCUGAGAAUCAUACCGCAGCCCUGGAGGCCUACAAUGACUCCCUGCGUGUCUGCUUCCAAGUUGCCCUUAUUUUGGCUUGUCUCUCCAUCUUUGGUGCUGCUGGUAUGGAGUGGCGUAGCGUCAAGAAGAACAAGGAAGAUUCUACGCCUAAGAAUGCGGAGGAUGCGCAAGUGGGUAAGAAUGUAGAAUCCAAGGGGCUAGCCCCUUGA